UUGGCUAGCUACGCCAUGUAAAUAAAACAAUACGAAGGAAUCAAGAGUCGGCAUUUCGAACAUUGGAUAUCUAUUUCUCUAUUCACAAUCAUGCCGGCAGCCUCCUCUGAUCCCACCAAUUACCAAACAAUCCACGAUGCUGUUCGGAAUUGUGAUGUUUUGCAUCUCGAGGUUAUGGUGAAGAACGGAGCAAGUGUAAAUGAAGUGGAACCCAAAGACAAAUUCACACCCUUGCAUUCAGCAUGCAAUGUUGGAGCUUUGGAGUGUGUGCAUUGGUUGCUAUGGCAUGGAGCUGACCCCACCGUGACCACUCCACGUGGCUGGACCCCAGCACACAUUGCCGCAAUACGCGGAUUUGAAAACUGUGUAGAGGCUCUCACCAACAAUGGAGUGAGUUUGUCAGCGCGAGACAUCCGGGGACAGACUCCGCUACAUCUGGCCUCUGCCCAUGGUCACUCCUUCUGUCUGAACACCAUCCUUAGGUCUGGGGCGGACGUGACCUGUGUGGACAACCUGGGCUGGACGUCGGUACAUUCCGCGGCGUACCACGGCAGGAUGGGAUGUAUACAGCUGCUUCUUAAGUGGGGCGGUGUGCCAGAUGAGGUGGACAACAAUGGAAACAUACCCGCCCACCUGGCGGCAGCGGAAGGAAAUCUCCCAUGUCUCAAGUUCCUUGUGAGCAACAAUGGGAACGCCAUGUCGGUUCUCUCAGCCCGCAACGACCACGGAGAGACGCCAAAAGACCUGGCCCAGCAGUUCUACAAGGACAACAUCCUGGAGUACAUCAACCACAUUGAGUAUGAGCAGGACCAUCCCGAGGAAGACGAGAAUCUUUCCUUCCCGGCUCACGUAGCGGCCUACACUGGAGACCUUGACCACUUGCGCAUGCUGGUGGAGAAUGGGGUCGUUAACAUCAAUGAGCGAGACGAUAAGGGGUCAACCCUGGCACACAAAGCGGCUGGCCAGGGCCACAUCAGGGUCCUACAGUGGCUCAUUGAGAUGGGCGCCAACAUGAACAUCACCAACCAGGCCGGCGAGACGCCGCGCGACGUGGCGCGCAGGUUUGCACAACUUGCCAGUGUGAAACUUCUAGGAGGAGGGGCACCAGAAGAGGCAGAAGAGCCAGUAGAUGGCUCUGAUGAGAGUGAAGAGGAGGAUGAUGACGACGAAGAUGGAGAUGGAGUGAGGAGGAGGAGAAGAAAGGCAAAGAAAUCCAAAGACAAUGCUAAAGGCCGUGCAAAGAUCAAGAUGGACGAGUUAGAGCGACUUCUGGAUGUGGCGAAGAAAAACUACGUCCAGUUGGGCGGCUCUUUGGAGGAAGACCGACGCAGGCUUAGGGAGAUGAGAGACAAAGACCACACAAUCCAGGAGUUGGAAGCCCAGCUGGAUUAUGAGCGACUGAAGAGAGAGAAACUGGAGGCCCAGCUCGACCAGUACAGGAGGGAGAUUGGCUACUUGAGCUCACAGAUUGAGGAUAUGCAGCUGGCAGGGCCGUCGGAUGAGCCUCAGGACUACGCAAUAAGGAAGCAGAAGAAGAAGCCGAAGAAGAAGAGUUAUGAUGAGGGCGGGAUGUUCAUCAAACGCAAUGUCACUGUGUCUCAGAAGGGGACAAGGUUCAAGAAAGUUCCGAUUGUUUGAAGGAGUUUAGAGGGGGGGUUGUUAGGUUACAGAGUUUGUGGAGAUGUGUUGGUGAAUGUGUGAGUGUGUGUUUAAGUGAGUGUGUAUGUAAGUGUGUUUAAAUGAGUGUGUAUGUGUGUGUUUAAGUGAGUAUGUAUGUGAUUAUAGUUGUUUGUGGGCGGAGGUUCUUAUGCAUGUCUGCUUGUGCUGGUGCAUUUGUAAAGGCAUUUGCAGCUUUAUGACUUACUUUGUGUGACUGUUUGUGUGUUCACCUGGGGGUGUAAGUUUGUGAGGGCCUGUGUGUCUUUUGUAAGAUUUGUUUUGAAUGAGGACUUUUGGGGUCUGUUGAUAUUUUGAAGGCCUGUAUGCAUGUAUAUCCAGAAUUUGUACACAUGCUGAUUGAAAUGUACAAAUAUGUCAUGACGCGGUGGAAUCAAGCACUCCUCAAUUUGGGGGGCAUAUGGAGUUAUUGGUAUAAUCUUAAAGCCUGUCCAUUUGUCUUGCUUUUGAUGAAAAUAAAUACCAAUUUGUCUUGGGUACAGUUCAAGGUAUUUGCAAUUGAAGGAGAUGGGGUUCGCCUGGUUUCAGAGGUAAAUUUAGCGAGGUAAAAUGGCUUCCAAAGUUGA